ACGCCUAGUACGAGCGAAUAGGGCAGUCCGCCUUUGGCCCCUCGUAGUGGUGGAGAGAUGUCGGACUGAUACUAGCUGCAAAAACUCAUAAAAAAAACAAAAUGGCACGCGUGUCGGCCAAAGUUGUGCCGGACUCAAACUGGGGCCCGCCAGUUCCGGCAAUUGACAAAACCACUAACGAACCGCCCGCGUCGUCGAUGAGUAAGAAGUAUUACUGCCUGUCCAACAAUGUGGACAACACGACCACGGUUUUUUUCGCCACGCGCCCUCUACUGCGACACGACCACGACAAGGGCACCGCGAAAACCACGACGAAGCGGCGUCCCUCAUACUUUUCGAAAAUGCACAAAAAUCAGCACACCAACGCGCUGACUAACGCUAGUACGACCGGAAGCGGCCCGUCGACGUCAUCUUCUUCAGCCUCUUGGUCAGGAGCCAAGGGUGGCCGCGCCGCUGCCUCCUUCCUCGCGGCGAAUGCGCGAGGAAAAGUUCUCGUUUGUGCAAAAGCCGGAGCAUUUUCUGCGAUGAACCGUGAUCAGGCGAAAGUACGGCGCAUUAGCGAGACCACGACGUCGAAUGGAACUCGUCUUGGUGCGAUCAUGGCCGCGCAGAAAAAGAUCUCAGCGGGUGGGGGUGUUCGUAGGUCGCCGGUACCGAAAAAUGUUGCCAGAACUAGUACAACGCGAAGAGGAGCAGGUCAGGGAGAUGUUAAUUCCAACCGCAGAAUAAACACCGCCAUCACGACUCCUCCGCAGCCUGUGGCCCACCCCGUAGUGACUACCAAAUCGUCGUCAAAGCGCGUGAUCCUGAUUGCCAGUUCCCCCGACGACAGCAUGCAGGAGCUCGAGGUGUCAACCUCUGCCUAUCAAGACAACGAGGCGUUGCAGCGAACGCACUUGCACUAUUCCGCAUUCUACAAGCGCCACUCGGUAGACCAACAGCUGCACGAGAUGCAAGAAGAACAAGGUGAACAAGUAACAUCAUUCGAUGAACAUGCACCACACGAAUUCGAAGCAACUGAAGAAGAAACGGCAGCCGCAGCCGCGCAGGACGGCGAAAAGGACGGAACCAAGAACGUCGAAACGGAGUGGCAACGUGCGGAGGCUUCUACUGGAGCUUGGACCAGCAGCCUAGCCGAGGACACGGAUUUGGUGUCCAAGACGACAACCUGUGUGGGAGCGCCAACAACUUCGCUGUCGAGUAGAAGUCACCAUCCUCGGGAGUCCGCUCCACCGAGGACUCUAUCGAAUGAUAUCGAAGUGGUCGAUAAAACGCAACUUGUUUCAAUGGCUGCACCAGGGAACGACCCGAGACCCGUUGAUGUUCGAGCUGCGGCGGACGGAGCAGCUGUUGAUGCUGAAGCAGAGAUACAACAAAGAGUUCGAGAAGAUUCCAAAAGAAAUGAACCAUUUUCCCCUGCAACCAGAAGCACUACUACCUCCACAACGAAGGUACAGCUAUUGAAUACCGGCGCCGUUAACCUGAUCAGAAAUGUUUGCUGUCCGCCCGACACUACGAUUAGCGCUGGCGUCAGCGAUCUGGAGUCUGAGCGGAUAUCUUCCAAAGCCUCCUCAGUUGAGGCGAUGCUGCGGAGCGGCGCAAACCUGCUGGAGUUGCAACCACCGAAAGUUGCCUGGGCGGCCGCAGGAGCCCGAGCUGCUGACUCUCACCAGUACGAAGCUGAAGUAGAUCAGCCACGGACUUCUGCAGUAACUCCUGCAGGGCGAGUGGACGAGCUUCCUGUUCCGAACCAAUCACCAACCGCGUUCGAUGCGGUAAACAUUUCGUCUCCUCGAUCUUGCGCGAGCACAAGUAAACCGGAAAGUUCCCCUGUGGAACGAGGCGAUGGUAAGUCUGUAACUACUUCUGCGAUCAUGACGCCUGUUCUGUCAUGACGUCCCAUGUUGUGCCGUGCAUCGGCAAUCGUCCCUCUGACUUUUUUAAACUGAAAUCAAGUUGAUGGCGACGUCCACGACUGAUGCUGAAUUGUCCAGCAUCACAUUAGAUCUAGAUGUCCUUUUACUGGAACUUCCUGAUGUUGAUCAUCGACCGGAAUUACUAUUCAGGUGCAGCUUCAGGAGUUGUAGGUUCUGACUUCCAGAAAGCAAAUGCAAAACUCGUGGUCCAAGCAGCUCUUCCUGAUUCAGUGGUGUCGACGCAUGCUCGGUACGCACAGAGCCCAGGUUCCCCGAAGGACGUGAAGGACUUGUUCAGUGAACUGCUGCAGAGCAAGGUCAGCUCGCCAAGCUCCGUGCUGCGCAAGAAAGGAGUGUUUCUGGCAGAUGUCAUGCUGGCUCGCGCACAGCAAAAGAAUCAGCUACUUACGGUACCGCAUGAGGGUCGUCGUCCUGCAGCUGGUGCAACUUCUCGCACCACGAGCAGCCCCACGAGAACAGGACACAAAACUGGACCCCUAUCAACAUCAGGCAACACAGUUGCCCUUACUGUGUCAAACGAGUUCUCCAGCAGCACCGCCUCUACCACGUCCCCGGGGCCGCGGCGCGGUGGCACUGGUGCAAAGAAAAAGGUGAUUCGGCCUGACCGUUGGUGGUCGGACCUACAGCAGGUCGAGUCCGGCCCGCUGCGCGUCGGGCUGCGACAGGAAGAGUGGAGCAACCUUCGGAAGCAACGGCGCCAGGCCCUGGAGGAGGACCUCGUAUCGGACCAGUGCACCCCCUCGGACGACGUGCUGCUGCUAAAAGAAAAGACGCAAAAGCACUACCGUCACGUUUCACCCCGUCUGCACGACCCGCAUUGGAACUACACCAGGAGAAACUUGGUCCGUCAGGUACACUCUUCUUGUCCACCACCAGGAGCUUCGACCUCCUCGAGAUCCGGCUCCCCGUCGCCGUCUCCCAACGGCAACGCUGCAGGACCUCGUGCAGAAGAUCAUCACACCCUGCACACAACAGCAGCCGCGGCCUUACAGAUGAAGAGAAAGAAACAGCUUUUGGAGAUGCGGAUCCAGAAUGGAACUUGCUUGUACGCUCGAGGUAAGGCGGCGAUGGACCAAAAAGAGUUUCGGCGGUGCAACUGGUUAGCGGAGCGCGCGCUCGCGGAAACGAAUGGCUGCACCUUUCGCCCGGACGUUUUUGUCGACCACGUCCGGGAGAGGCAGAAGGCAAAUCAAAGACUUCUGGAGAAGGCCGAGCGAAGGUGGGCAGACACCGCCACGGUCUCGCCAAUGUUGCCUCUGGAAAAUAAGCGAAGCGGAAACAGUGCCAGUGUGUCGGGAGCUGCAUCAACACCUCCAAGCUCCAGAAUACAACAGUCAUCCAGGCCGGGGCGAACUAAGGAGGAUUUCAACUUCUCUCCGGAGCCGAGGAGUACGGGUGUGACGAGUCUGAGUACUGCAUCGCUAAAGAUAAAAAGCGUCAGUCAGCAGGAGCAAAAAAUUCACCCAGGCUCUACGUCGCUUAGGGUCGGCGGGGUCGCUGGUGCGGCCGGUCCACCCAAGACGCACCAGCACACAGCGGGCAGUCCAGCGCCGGGGGCAACACAGGCAAGAGUGCAGAAAAUGAAGAUCGAUUCCCCUCGCGUGCAGUUUGUUUCAGCAGUGUCGUCCCCGCGAGGCAACGCGAUGAGCAGCACUGCAACUUUGACGUCCGGUCAGAUUGCAUCUUCGAGCAGCUUGACCACUACGGUCACGUCUGCGCCGGCCUGGUCCUCUGCAGCUUCUGCGUCGUCCGCCACCGUUUUCAAGACUCGGGACUCGUCCGCUUCCAGGCGCGUGGCAACUCCGCGCGGGGACCACGCACGAAAAAUUUACCAUGACCAGCUAGUCGCGAUUUCCGGUGAGGGUGUGGGUGGCAGAGGCGGCAGUCGUGUGAAAGACAAAGAAAGUGGUACGCACGAGGUACUAGACAACCGUGCCCCGCCUGCUCGUGGUAACAGCACGGCUUCCCACACCACGACCAGUGUCGUUACGUCAACCACUAGCAACAAAGCGUAUGCGUGUCGCAUUAACCUCGCUACGCCCUCGUCACCUCCACCCUCUUCCUCGCCCAGGACCGCGUUGCGGCGACCCGAGUUUGUCGCAAAAUCUUCCACAGAAUCGACUUCGGCGGCCCCAGCUGGAGACGAAGAAAUCCCGAUGCCUCUAUCGAGCGCCAGCCCGUCGCUGGCCUUCUUCUCUGCGAAAUCGUCGCGAACCCUGGACAGUAUCGCAACUGUUUCGUUGUCAACAAAAAACUUGAGCACCAUUUCGAAGAACAAGGCAGAAAGAGAAUCGGCCUCCUCGACAAAAACCGCGAACAAGAAGCCACCUGGAGUAGGAGGUGCUAGUGCGAGUUCUCUUGCGGCACCAAGAAAACUCGUCGGAGCGAAAGAACAGGACGUCGAACAGAGAAGCAAAACUGCUGAAGAAUUAGGACCGUCUGCAGCAUUCGAGGAACACGAACGACAACGAGCGAAGCCCAAGUCGCUGGAAAAGACGAAAAAGGAAACAAAAAAUCCCGAGGAUCUUUCCCCUGUGAAGCUGCUGCACCAAAUUAAGGAAGUUCUUCUCGGUAAAAAUCCGACCGCGAAACGAAUGCGACCACUGGAUCAAGUACCGAUACCAGUAAGAGGGGGCAAAAGUCCAAGCGCCAGACAGCUGCAGAAAAGCAGAAGUGUUGCGAGUUCGUCUUUCACCCCGCGUCGUGCCGGCUCUCAGCCCGCCUCUCCGAGUGUCAGACCGCAGCGCGAGCUGUCGACGGAUCAGCUGAAUGUCCCUCGGUUUGCCACCCCGAUUCAACGGACGCCGCGGAGGCCGAGAAAUGUCGCGAGUAAGACGUCAGCAGCUGCUGCUGGUGUUGUUCUUGAUGGGCGGGGAGGGGCAAGCGUAAGCGACAGACAGCACAAGCAGAACAUCAAUACCAGGUCGCAGCAGGGAACAGGAACUCCAAAGACCAGCGGUAGAGCUUGUUCUCCUUUUCGUUGCGCCAGUGCGCCUGGAUCCGCUCGAAAAACGCGUGAUCGCACGUUGGAACACAUGUUGGAGAUCUUCUCUUCGCCGUGGCAAAAAGUCCAAGCCGGCCGUCGAUAUAACGGAGAGCAAGCAUCAACAAGGCCAGCCGACACGGCGCGCAGCUAUCGGCAGUUGGCCGCUGGACCAGCACCCCCGUCGGAAAAGACGAUUCCCUCAUCUGGUGGACGCAGUAGAAGUCCGUUUCUGGCUCCGAACCUACCAAAACCAAAAAUCGCUGCAGAAGCAGCGAUGCACGUGCGUCCACAAGCACCCGCGGCACUGCAGCCUUCCGUGUCUUACUUCCCCACCGCAGACACGAUCGACAUUGCUGACUCAACCGCAACAGGAGCAAAAUCAGUAGAGCAGCACUUCCUACUGACCCCGGAGUGGGAGCAGCAGCAGCAGCACCUCCUCUCUUGGUUGGCGGCCGAGUCCACAGCUGAGUUUUUGUACAGCAACCGCAGCGGAGCUGAAGUACACCUCAACGCAGUCCCUCCCCUACAACAUCCACCAACCGUCUUUGGAAACACGAGCACGACACGAGGAGGGGGUCAUAGUAACGACCAAGAAGAGCAAGUGCUAGUGCACCAUCCUCCCCCGCCCGUGACGAUUUCUGGCGCAGCCACGGCAAACAAUACCAGCCUGUCAAUCGACGAAAUAGAGGAGCGCAUCAGCAGCCGAAGGUCCAGUAUGCAAAUCGUUGAAGAAAACGAGGAGGAUAAUCAGGUGGACUGAAGACAGACACAGAAGACCAAUACGCUGGGAUUUGGAUUCUACUACGUGUACAGCAAUCAGAUUUGUGCCGUUGAUUCAAUGCAAAGUAAAGUACUUCUGACAUACUUCCUUCUUGAGUUUAACAACUUGAGAUUCCGACAAUUACGAUUGGCAUGCUGACGAUGACGAACGGCACGCGCGUUUCGUGUUUGAGGGCGCGCAAAGUUCUUCUUGUGACCAUGUACGCACAGAACUGAAACUGCAGAGCCUAUUUACAUCGAGAGAUGGCAAGUGAAGCAUAAGCAUCUGAAGCUACUUACUUACGCACUACUUCUAGCAGAACCAACAUGUACCUAAGACUGUGAACGACAAAGAUGUUAAGGCUAUUCAUCCCAAUUACGGUUUUCAUCUAUGUCAACCUACUGUACAAGAAAAACCGAUGAAACGAUUUUCUCACACAACGAAAUAGAAAUUCAAUGAGCUAAGUUGCAUAGGUUGGCUUUGCAGCGGUACAACGUAGAUACGGAUCAGCUUUCCAACCCGACAUGAAGUUGACACCAUGAUGAAAAAUCGCAGCAG